UAUAAUGUCAUCAUCGAAAACAGAAAAUGUGAAAGAUAUUUAUCUGAACUUUUUCUUACUUGCUUAGAAAGAUUGAUAAGAUUUUCUGCUUUCUGCAUUUAGCCAGAGCUAAUGCCAUUCCAAGUUUGCAUCAUCUUUUCCUCUUACUUGGCAGAGGUAUGGGAUCUCCAAAUGCACGGGGGCAGCCUUCUCCUUACUGUAAUUCCUAUGUGGUUCUGUUUCUGAUUGGGCAAAUACUAUCUUUACCACCUGUUGAAUUAUCAGGCAACCUUUCUUUACAAGUUCGACUUGUGAAUGGAUACUCCAACUGUUCUGGGCACGUUGAGAUUUGCAACAGCUCACAGUGGUAUGCUGUGUGUGACGACUCCUGGGAUAUAAAUGAUGCUGAAGUUGUUUGCAAGCAACUUGGCUGUGGUAGAGCAAAGGAAGCCACAGUUAGUGCAUAUUUUGGCAGAGUCGCAGGUCCUUUUACUCUGAAAGAAUUUCACUGUUCCGGAACUGAAUUGUUUCUUUCCAGCUGUUCAGUCACGCCUCUGUCACAAUCCACAUGUGAUACCUCUGAGAAGGCCGGCGUCAUUUGUGAAGGCAACUAUCCUUUACCAGUACGGCUCACAAAUGGAAGUAGUAGCUGCAAUGGACGAGUUGACAUUUACUUCAACUCACAGUGGGGUACAAUCUGUGAUGACUCAUGGGAUUUCAAGGAUGCUGAAGUUGUCUGCAGACAUGUUGGCUGUGGAAGGGCACAGUCUUUCAAAUCAGGUGCAUAUUUUGGAAAGGGCACAGGUCCUAUUACUAUGGCUGACAUUAGAUGUAGAGGAGAUGAACAAUAUCUUUCAGACUGUAUUGCCAGUCCUCCAUUUCCGCAUCACAACUGUGGGCAUGAGAAAGAUGCUGGUGUCAUUUGUAAAGAUGUUGACAAGUGCACUACAAUGGGAAUCUGUGGUGAUUUUUCGGUAUGUAGUAACACAGCAGGAAGUUACACAUGCACAUGUCAGCAAGGAUUCCAGUCAAAGUCUAGAAAGGAUACUUUCACUGAUGUAGCCACUUCUGGAUGUGUGGAUCUAAAUGAAUGUGAAGUAGAUAAGGGAAUCUGCGGUGAUUAUGCUAUCUGCCACAAUACAAUUGGAAGUUACUCCUGUUCGUGUAAAGAAGGAUUCAGGCUUGUUUCGAAGACCAAUGCAAGUCCUUCUGGAUGCAAUGAUCUAAAUGAAUGUGAAGUAGAUAAGGGAAUCUGCGGUGAUUAUGCUAUCUGCCACAAUACAAUUGGAAGUUACUCCUGUUCGUGUAAAGAAGGAUUCAGGCUUGUUUCGAAGACCAAUGCAAGUCCUUCUGGAUGCAAUGGUCAGACAUGUGUCUGCUGUCCUGAAACUCCAAAUCCAAAUGUUCUUCAGUGUUCUUCUGGAAACUUCAUUUUUUCUAACAAAACUCAGAACAUUUUUAACGAUCUAAGAGACAGUUUGAGAUUCAAUGAUUCAAAUACUACACUGCAGAAUGAGGUCCAGCAAAAAAAAAUAACAAGAUUCCUUAGGAAUGUUGAAGAAAACAUUGUACUUGAUGUGCUUUCAUCACUGAACAAAAGUGGAGCAACAGAAGAAGAAAUAUACCAUUAUACAAAUGAAACUGUUAUUGUUGCCCAUUCUGUGCCACAUAAUAGCAGCAAUAUUGAAGAAAGGCUUACAAUAAAAGCAGGUGAUACUACAAUGAAGGUUAAGAAGAAAACAGUCAUUAAUGGGACUGUACCAGGUACCCUCCCUUUUGCGAUGCUGACAUCAUUCCAUGGGACUGAAAUUGAAUCAAUACUAUCUGGGGGUUAUCUGAUUAACAAAACAUAUUCAGAUUACAACUAUACUGUGAAUUCAAAAGUAGUUAUUGCAACAAUUUCUAGCAAGUGGAAGCACAGCCUCACUGAUCCAGUCUUUUUCACAUUUCAGAUUACCAAGAAUGACAAAGAUAAUGUGAAAAGACAUCACUGUGUCUUCUGGAAAACGGACAAAGAAAAUAGAAGUGGAUGGUCCAGAGAAGGAUGCUUUCUCUCUGAAACAAAUUCCAACAAAACACAGAUAACAUGUGAAUGUGAACAUUUAAGCAGCUUCUGUGUACUAAUGGUCCUGGAUGAGACAUUUCAGGAUGAGCCAGCACUAAACAUAAUUUCAUAUAUUGGACUUAGCCUGUCAGUCAUCUGCCUGAUUCUUUCAAUCCUGACAUUUUUGCUGUGUCAGUCCAUAAGAACUGCAAACACAACAAUGCUCAUCAACCUCUGCUUUUGCUUACUUAUAGCAGAUGUCGUGUUCCUUUUCGGCAUCUCUCAGACCAAGACUCAGAUAUUGUGCAGAAUUAUUGCAGCUUUCCUUCACUACUUCUUCUUAGCCUGUUUCUGUUGGAUGUGCAUUGGUGCACUUCAGCUCCAGCUUAUGGUACAAAACCUUAAGGCACUUAGAGCCUUUCAAAGACAUUCUAUCAAAAAGCGGUACAUAUAUCCUGUGACUUAUGGGGUCCCUGCUGUAAUUGUAACAGUUUCGGCAGCUAUUUUCCCUGGUGGAUAUGGAACAACAGAAAUAUGCUGGCUAAGUCCGGAAAGAGGCUUCAUAUGGAGCUUCAUGGGACCUGUAUGUUUUAUAAUUGUGGUAAACAUAUUUUUAUUCAUCAAAACUGUCCAUGAGUUAAGAGAAUAUUUUCAGUCAAUCGAUAAAGAUGUAUCAAAGAUCAAGAACACAAAGAUACCUCUGUUUAAGGCCAUUGCUCAGUUCCUUGUACUGGGCUGCACAUGGAUAUUUGGGAUGUUCCAGUUUCACAAAGUGAAAAUCGUUAUGUCGUACCUCUUCACAAUACUGAACAGCUUCCAUGGAGUUUUCAUAUUCCUGCUCUAUUGUGCUACUAACAAACAGGUCAUUGAUAAAUAUAAAAUUUGCCUUCGAAGACUCUUCAGCACCAAGAGGAAAGGAAAGGAAACUAGUAUCAUCACCAGCACAGCCACAGCCACCACCAGUGCCACAAAUGCUGCUACCGGAGCUACACUACCAUUAUGUGCUGCAGAAGCUUAUAACAUGGAAUUAAUAAAAAACAAUGAGAAAACCAAGAAGAAUAUCGAAUGAAAGUGAAUCUGAAACAGUGUGAAACAAAGAUUUAUAAUAUAUUUCCGUUCAUCUCAGUUAAAACUGAAUGUUGCAAGUGCAAAUCAACCCAAUAUCUUCCUUUGAUACAGUAAAUGUUUCUGAAUAUGUAAAACUUAUUGCAUGUGUCUAAAGGAUGUCACUAGGGAUGGUUAUCCCUAAUGUUCUGUUUAUAAAAACAACAAUUGAGAAUGUAUUUAUUUUGGUGUGGUCGGUAAAUUUUCACAUCACUGUAUGUAUAUAUGGUCCUUUAUUAAUGGAAUUAACUAACAGUGAUCUAGUUCUUUUACUGUCAAAGUACAGCCAUCCAUUUAUAUGUUUCAAAUGUGUAUUAUUUUAAAUAAAUGCAAAUUUUAUGUUUUUUCAGUAA